AGGGCAGAGGAGCGAGCCUGUGUGACGUUGCGGGGGCUUUUCGCGGGGAGCAGCGCCUCCCUGGAAUAUCCUGAUUGCACUCGUGGGUGGCUGCAGUCGAGGGGCUACUCAAUGGUGCUAAUUCUGGUGUUCAAUGGUGGAAAAAAGAUGUCGUGAAAAAAUGUAGAUGUAGAAAGUCCGACUCAGGAUGGAUGUGAAAAUGACUGGCAGAGGAUUCUAUUUCUGUCCAACUUCUCGUGUCAAGUGCACCACACACACCAAAUGCUAAAGUAAAUAUACACAUAAAAAGAGAUCACAAGUGAGCAAAGAGCACGCGUGCAAAUAAAUUGUGGUGACGGAAGCCAAGUGUGGUAAAACAAUGUUGAAUUGCGAAGGAGUAAAUAUGUGCAGUGAUUCAGCAGUGCAGUCGAAUUGCUCCUCCUAAGACAGCGCAAAAGGGACACAAUAUGGAUUUUAUUGGAGAUGGGCAGCUGAAUUUUGGAUAACGCCGACAGAAAAGGUGUGCGGAAAUGCGCUUAGGGGGCGCCCAGAGUGGCGGAGACCCCCUGGCGAUGGGCGCGGGCAGCGACUAUGCGGAGCUGUGCGAGCUGCAGCCGCCGCGCUGGAGCUCGCGGGCCUACCAUCCGGGCCAUGGCGCGGGGCACCCGCAGCACGCGCCCGCCGCGGCCGUGUCCUCCAGCUCCAGCCACAUCCGCUCCAACAGCUUCGAGGCGGAGGACAUCGUGGGCCCCUACGGCAGCACGACGUCGCGGAUCGGGAACAGCACGAGCUCUCUGCGCGGUCGCUCCGGACUGUACUACUCACCACCGGGGACGUCUUACACGAUAGUGGAGCGCCCCCACUCACCCCACUACUACUACAACACCGCCGGCGCCCCGCCGAAGGGCGGCUCGCUGCCCGGCCGCGGCACAUACUUGGGCUCCUCGGCGUCGGGACUGGCAACAGGUGGCGGAGCCGGCACCGUUCCAAAUUCAACACGCCACAACGGCAAGAAGCGACCAAUUUCGCCAGAGCAAGUGAUCCGUCUCUUCGGCACCACGUCCUCGUCGUCCUCCUCGGUGCCCACCUCGAGUCAGUAUUAUAGCAACGGCACUCGCGAUCGCGCCGGACGUCGCAGUCCAGCCAGCAGUCCGCCAUCGACAACACACCAGAUAUAUCGAGAACGAGACCGAAGCAUUCCUAACAUUCACGAACUCUCCACGCGAACUGUGACAAUGUCGCGAGAUCAGCAGCCAGAGAGCAGCCAUGGUUUUGGCAUUUGUGUCAAAGGCGGCAAGGAUUCGGGAAUUGGAGUUUAUAUCUCACGAAUUGAGGAGGGAUCUGUUGCUGAGCGGGCUGGCCUUCGACCAGGCGAUACCAUCCUAGAGGUUAAUGGAACUCCUUUUACUGCAAUAAGUCACGACGAAGCAUUAAAGAAGUGUGUGCAGAUCCUGAAAUCGUCGCGCCAGAUUAGCAUGACGGUGCGAUCGCCGCCUUCGCUCACGUCUUCGGCGCCUCUGCACGGCUUCGGGCCGCCGCCGCCGCGGGAGUCUGCGUAUCCGCCGCCGUACAGGCAAACCUGCUCGUGGAUGGACCGACAUGGGCGGCCGGCGUCGCCACCGAUGGAGUACGGCGGCAGACGUCAUGAGCGACGCGACAGGAUUCGACGCGUGGAGCUGCUGAUCGAGCCUGGCCAGUCGCUGGGCCUGAUGAUCCGCGGCGGCGUUGAGUACGGCCUCGGCAUCUUCAUCACGGGCGUGGACAAAGACAGCGUGGCGGAUAGGGCUGGCCUCAUGAUUGGGGAUCAAAUUCUCGAGGUGAAUGGCCAGUCGUUCGUGGAGGUGACGCAUGACGAGGCCGUGGGACAGCUCAAGUAUCACAAGAGGAUGUCGCUGGUGGUGCGCGACGUGGGAAAGGUGCCCCACUCGUGCACAUCCGUGGAGCCCGAGCCUUGGGAUCCGUACAGUCCGACGGGGACGCGCAGCCGGCGAAAAUGUCCAAUAUCGGCGAUGGUGGAGGAGAAGGCGCGCUCGCUGCUGGCUCGCCACCACUUUGCCAGCCUCUCGUACUACAUAGCGGAGUAUGGGGCGCGCGCGAUGACCAUAGAUGCCUUUGUUUCUGUCCUCCUCGAGAUGCUCGACACUCCUGAGAAGCACACACUUGUCACGGAAAUUCGAGAGCUCAUCUUCCCGGAAGACAGAACGAGAUACGAUGAACUCGUCUACCGGCGAGACGUCUACAGAGAUUCUAUCGAUCGACACAGGCGGAAAACGGAUUUACCACAUUCUCAUGAACUCCCGGUAUCGGACGUGGACUUGGAAGUGAUUGAAGCAACUGGACGCAGUCCAUCCGAAGAUUCGGGUCUUGGGAUGGCGGUGAAUGACAUUAGAAAUCGACCACCAGCACCUUUGCCCUAUCGACCAAUGUCGGCAGGUCCAGUUCUCCACCACCACCAUCUACACCAUCAGUAUCAGCAUCCCUCUAGUCGGUCAGGAUCACAGAGUCAAUUAACAGAUGCAGCCACUGCUGCGCGCACCGGAAACGUGGCGCCGAGGCCCGGAAAUGGAGUUCAGGACUAUAAUUGCGAUGAUCCCAGUGUAAGGAGGGGAAGUGGGGUGCAAAUUCCUCGCUCUGAGUACGAACAUGACUCGGGGGGCUACUUUGAAGGGAUCCGAUCACAUUUGGGUGGUCUGACUCAGCGUGUCAAGUCAUGGUACUGGGGACGACCUCUCGAGUUGGCCACGAAGUUGUCCCGGAGCUUCGAUAUGAAGGAGGACAGCGGCGGCCUGCUGGGCGACAAGGGCGUGCGCCGCCACCAGUCCAUGCAGCGCCUGUCGCUGGAGCAGAACGGCUCUGGGGAUCCGCAGAAUCCCGACCACUGCGCCAGCGUUGUACCUGACCAGCGAGGCAAUCUGCACAUCACGGUGAAGAAGUCGAAGCCAAUUUUGGGCAUCGCCAUUGAGGGUGGCGCCAACACGAAGCACCCACUGCCGCGCAUCAUCAACAUUCACGAGCACGGCGCGGCUUACGAGGCCGGCGGCCUCGAGGUGGGCCAGCUGAUACUCGAGGUGGACGGAAACAAGGUGGAGGGAUUGCACCAUCAGGAAGUGGCUCGCCUGAUUGCCGAGCGCUUCGCGAGCAGAGAGAAGCCUGACAUAACCUUUCUCGUGGUGGAGGCCAAGAAGUCCAACAUGGAACCGAAGCCCACAGCACUGAUAUUCCUGGAGGCCUAACAUUUGCUUGCCCUGCCGGCUAGCGAUCCUCGCAAUCCUGAGCCACCGCAGGAGGGGAUCGACCUUACCGCGUACCAGACCGCCAAAUAACUCUUCUGUAUCCUUUCACCUGUCCUUUCUUCUCUCCCCUGACUGUCUUCGUCCCUGUCUUACUUUCUGUCUCUGUCUCGAAGUUUUUAGACGCAAAGAGGAGCAACAGAGUGUUGGGAUCUCGCUUGGAUGUGUAGGAAAGAAGAUGUGUUGUGUGAGCAUGAUUUUGCAAGAGGAUAAUGAAAAACCAAAGAUGGAACAUUUUCCCCAAUUAAUUGCGGGUGAAGUGUGAAAGAUGACGCAAUUGGCUGCUCAUCAGCCUAAGAGCGGAAGAAACUGAUGCAAUUGUGCACAAUAAAUGUAAAUAAUGUUGAUCUUAGAGCUUUUCUGUGUGAUUUACAAUUUACUUAAUGUGUCACUCAGUUGAGCUUUCGAUAUUAUCGUGUGACUAGAAGCUUUUCCGUUGAGCCCUCGAUCUUUUUCCACACACAAACUUUCAUUUCUCGUAGAUGUCUCUUCGUCAAACCCUCUCAUUUCUACAACAUCAUUUCUCUUACUGUGACGCGGUAAAUGUUCUUAUGACACCCAUAAGGACAACCAUGUUUAUAAAGAUAUUCUAGCCGACAGGGUUGAAAGAAAAUUACACCUCUAAAAUAAGCGUAAAUGAUACGAAAAAAAAUUAGCAUUUGCAAUCGCCAAAAUUAUAUGAGAAAGAUAAACAUUUGAAAGCAAUUUGGACAUGCAAAUUAGAAAACAUAUUCACACACUUAUUUAAAGGAAAAAAAAAUUCUCCACACAGAGUUUGUAUUAAAGAGAAAACAUGUGAAAAGCCUUCAAUAUUUGUACCUUCAACACACUACAAGAGUAUCACAAUUCUUCCUAAAUAUACAAACAUUUGAAAGAAAUAAUAGACGAAGAAGGAAGUGUUCGAAUCUUAAGGAUAGAACAGUCAGGAAAGUGAUUAUGUGAAUAUGAUUUCUUGGAAAAUCUAACAAUUGUGUGAUAAUCUCACCUUUCUUCACAUGUUUUUCCAACACUAAGUUUGAAAAAAAAAGUUUUUCGUGAGCAAUCGCCAAAAAUACACAAGUUAUUACGAAGAAAGAUAUCCAAUUUGAAAAGAAAAAAAGACAUUUGCAUCUUGACUAGUCAAAAGAAAUUAAAAAAAAGUUUAAUAAAAGUCAGGAAUAUGAACAUGAAUAUAUAUUUGAAAUUAUGUGACUAUGUUUUUCACAAGCCAAAAUGCAUUCUCUAAGAUAAACCAAAAAAAACCAACACAAUUCAGAGUCAUUCGAAUGAAAAACAGAAGAAAAAUUCAAUAACAGAAAUGUUCUGAGAACUGCAAAAUAAAGAUUAAAUGAUAAAUUAAGGCAACAAAGCUAAUAAAAGGAAAAACUUUUUAAUAAUUAAUGUGUAAAUGGGAGCUUGCUAAAUCGAAUUAAAUAACAUCAUUUUCCAUUCACUACUAAACAGACUCACUUUUAUCACAUUGUAUGUAAUAUAAAAUGAAAAUUAAUUCAAAAAAAUGGACGAGAAGAGAAAGAAAAUUAUGAAAGUAUUAAUGCCUCACGUAAUUCACUCAUUCCUCUUGUAUAAAAUGAGAGUUUAAGUAUAACAGAAUGGUGACUUCAUUUUAUUAGCAUUAAAUCUGCAGCUCAUUAGUCAUAUGCUGUGUUCAAAAUUUGGCGCAAAACUACUAUAUUAGAGAAUCGCGAUAGCAAAGAUUGAUAAAAUUAUUGCUGUAAAAGUUGCGCAAUACAAUUUCUUAAAGUCACAUCUCUUUUUCUUUCGUCUUUGAAUGUAGUGGUAAAAUUAAACUACGUGAAAUUGAACAGCUAAGAAAAGAUGCAUUAAGAAAUCAUAAGUAACUAUUGAUUGCAGUGAGAUGAUUAACAGAAGAGGAUAUUGAGAAAGAAAAACGAUUAUAUAAAUGUGAAAAUGCCUUUUAAAGCUCGUUUUAUUGACAAAGUAUAAAAGAAAUUUUAAAGUAAUGAAUCGUUAUGAAAAAAAUUGGGUAUAAAAUAUUUGAAUUGAAACAAACAAAAACAUAAGUAAACAUCAAUUUAAAUAUUUUAAGCAUAUUGCAAAUUUUGCUAUAGUCUGCUAAUGUGUAAAAUAAAUAUAACAGAAGUAAUAAGAAAAAAAAACAAAAAAAACAUUAUAAAAAAGAAUGAAGCGAUGAAAGGGUUGAAAACAUUAUUUAUGUACCAGUAAUUGUCGAUAAUGAACAAGAAUAAACAAGAGAAAUGUAGAAGGAGAGACGCUGUAAUUAAGUAGAUUUUUUUAUAUAAAUUAUAAAAUGAUUACCGAGAGGAAGGAAUUAAGAAAUAGAAAUAGUCAACGCAUUUAUUCGUUGUUACUUUAUUGCCUCAUAAAUGCUUCUUAAAAUGCCAUUCGAAAGUACAUUUAAAAGUAUAAAGAAAUGAGCAAAUUCUAACAUUAAAUCCCCUUUUACAAAUUCUCCUUUUUGCUUUCGUCUCCUUUUCGGUUUGUUCAAAAAUUGCCAGAGCAAUUUACAUAUUUCAACUCAAAUUGAUCUCAAUUUUUUCCUAGGAAUUACACACACAAAAGAAUCUUUACAAAAUAAAUCAAAAAGACAUUCUAUUCUAAAAAGUGUAUCACAAACAAAAUUAUAUACAUCUAAACACCACCGAUCUUCACUUUUCAUUUGUAAGAAGAUAAAGAGAGUCUAGAAAACCUCCUUAGAGUCACAUUUCUUUUCAUUUUCAAAGAGGAAUAAAAGAGAUAUCAUGAAAAUAUUGCUUAAAGAAAAAAAAGGAUUUUAAUGGUGAAUAAUAGAGGGAAUAUUAAUAGACUUUUCUAAUUUAUUUUUUAUAAGGAUAUAUUUUUAGGAGGCACGCAACCUCAGCCGAGGACUGUGCAAAACAAUGGUGAGAGUGAAUUUCACGUGAGUCUUAUGUAAAUUUGACGAUGAACAAUGUUAAAUAGGAAGAUAGACAGGAUGAGAAAAUCAAUCAGCAUCAGGAGACUUUUAUCCAAAACGUCAGAAUGUUUUAUUUCCAAGACUAUAAAGUGACAGAUUACCAAGAUUCCAGUAAAAGAAAAUAAACUAUACGCAUUAAUAUACUUAUCAUUGAAGCAAUUUUGUACAUAUUGUGUAUAUAUAAUUGAGAUUAUUAUGUAAAAUUACUAACAAAUGGAUACUGAGUGAAAUAGAACAAAACAGAGCAAGUUUGCUUGUGAUUACAAAAGUGAAAUAGAAUUGAGAAAACAUCGCAAUUUUCUUUCCAAAAAAAAAAGAAAUUCCAUAAAAUCAUCCAAAUAUUUACUUUCAAAUAAAUCAGAACAUUUUAAGCAUCAAUUUACAUGACAAGGUAUAAAAAAUUCGAAUGAAGAAUAUUUUCAACAGAUUGGAAAAGAAGUGAAAACCAUCAAGUAAUGUAAAAUUGUGAGUCAUCGCGUUUGAGAAAUGUUAAGUUUCAUCUUAUUAUCUAUUAACAUAAAUGAAGAUAUUAAAAAAGAACUUGUUUAUCAGUGAUGAAAAUUCACAGGAUUAUUAUUAGAUAAUAAAACUGUUUAUAAAAAUAUAAAAAUUCAAA